CGGAGACCGGAGUGGGACCGGCACGCCAGGGCAGCGCUGGCUGGUGCGAUGCGCCUGGUCUGGUGUCUGGCCUCCCGCUGGCAGGCCCCUUGGAGACACGGAGCAUGCGGCCUCCUGCACACGGCCCCCGCCGCCCCCCUGGAUGGGGCUGCCCCAGUGUUUGUGCGAGCCCUGGCAUUUGGGGACAGAAUCGCCCUGGUUGACCAACAUGGCUGCCACACCUACAGGGAUCUCUAUGCCCGCAGCCUCCGCCUGUCCCGGGAGAUCUGUAAACUCCGGGGCUGCGUGGAUGGGGACCUCCGGGAGGAGAGGGUCUCCUUCCUGUGCUCCAACGACGCCUCUUACGUGGUUGCCCAGUGGGCUGCGUGGAUGAGUGGCGGCAUUGCUGUCCCUCUGUACCGGAAGCACCCCGAGGCCCAGCUGGAGUACUUCAUCCGGGACUCAAGGAGCUCCUUGGUGGUGGCCGGCCAGGAGUACGAGGCGCUGCUGGGCCCCGUGGUCAGCAGGCUGCGGGUCCCUCUCCUGCCUCUCACUCCCGCCGUCUACCACGAGGCCGCAGAGGGGACCACAGAGGCACAGGUGCCAGACCGGGUGUGGCGAGACCGUGGAGCCAUGAUCUUCUACACCAGCGGCACCACGGGGAGCCCCAAAGGGGUCCUGAGCACCCACCGCAACCUUGCAGCUGUGGUGACUGGGCUGGUCCACGCCUGGGCCUGGACGAGAGAUGAUGUGAUCCUCCAUGUCCUCCCACUGCACCACGUCCACGGCGUGGUCAACAAGCUGCUCUGCCCGCUCUGGGUGGGAGCCACCUGUGUGAUGCUGCCCGAGUUCAGUGCCCAGCAGGUCUGGGAGAAGUUCUUAAGUUCUGAGACUCCACGGAUUAACAUGUUUAUGGCCGUGCCCACGAUAUACAGCAAACUGAUAGAGUACUACAACAGACAUUUCACCCAGCCUCACGUCCAGGACUUUGUGCGUGCAGUUUGUGAAGAAAAAAUUAGGCUAAUGGUGUCAGGCUCGGCGGCCCUGCCCAUCCCCGUGCUGGAGAGGUGGAAGAGCGCCACGGGCCACACACUGCUGGAGCGCUACGGCAUGACGGAGAUCGGCAUGGCCCUGUCCAACCCGCUGACCGCAGCCCGCCUGCCAGGCUCCGUGGGGACCCCGCUACCAGGAGUGGAAGUACGUAUUGUCUCCGAGAGCCCACAGAAGGAGGGCUGCCCCUAUGCUGUCCACGCGGAAGGAAACGAGCGGGGGACAAAGGUGGGUCUGUGGGGUGGGGCCCGCUUGGUACGCAGCGGCAAGGCUGCGCUGUCCCCCGCGCCAGGGCUGGCUCUGGACAGCAGGGACACAUGCCAGCGUCUGAGGCCUCCUGCUGCUCUGGCUCCUCGGGGCUCUCUGUGGAGGAAGCCUCGGGGCGGUGGCGGCCUGGCCAAGGAGGAUCCCAGGGCCGCAGCAGCCAUGCUUGCAGAUGGAGCUGGGAACGCCGGUCUGCGCUCUGUGCUGUCCAAGCCCCACACGCUCCAGGGGCCUUCCUGCCACUGUCCUGCACAUUUCCUGUGUCGCUCUGGUCUCGCCCGGCUCUGCCUGGAGAGCAUGGUAGGAGACUCACGGCUUGCAAGGGUCCCCGUCCCUGGAGCGGCUCCCCUGAAAGCCUCAGCAGCUCCCCAGACGCUGACUUCCACACAGACCUGCUCCGAGCACGUCCGGUGUUGUCUGCCUGCCCAGAUGAUCCCGGGCGCCUGGGGCUCGGGCAGGCAGACGAGCCUGGCUCAGGCCAGGGUCAUCUCUGGCCAGCAGUGCAGCUCCCGUGGACAGCAGCCUGUGGCCAGCGGCGCAGUUCCCGUGGACGGCAGCCCCUGGCCAGCAGUGCAGCUCCCGUGGACGGCAGCCCGUGGCCAGCGGCGCAGCUCCCGUGGACGGCAGCCCCUGCCCAGCGGUGCAGCUCCCUGCCCAGCGGUGCAGCUCCCUGUCCAGUGGUGCAGCCCCCGUGUUUCAGAAGCACAUUUUCUAGGGGACACCGCUGUGUUCAAGGAUGGCAAGUACUGGAUUCGAGGCCGGACAUCAGUGGACAUCAUCAAGACCGGAGGCUAUAAAGUCAGUGCCCUAGAGAUCGAGCGUCACCUGCUGACCCACCCCAGCAUCACCGAUGUGGCUGUGAUCGGAGUUCCAGACCUGACGUGGGGCCAGCGAGUCACAGCUGUGGUGUCCCUUCAAAAAGGACACUCCCUGUCCCACAGAGACCUCAAGGCGUGGGCCAGGGCCGUCCUCCAGAUUCCAGGUCCUGCGUGGCACCUGUGGUCCUGUGUGAGGCCACAUGGGCAGAGCGGGGCCCCCCGGGAGCCCGUGGCAGAGCGUCUCCCCGCAGCCAGUAGCCUCGCCCCAGGUUCUGUCCCUGGAGUCUGA